GCCGCCGCCGCCGCCGCCCGCGCGCCCGAGCCGGGAGGAGCCGCCGCCACCACCGCGGCCGAGCGAGUGCCGUCGGGGCUGGCGGGCGGGAAGGAGCGGCGGGCCCGAGCUGGCGGUGGGGGGGAGCAGGGAGAGCGCGCCCACCACCUUCCCUUCCCCCCUCGAUGGGAGCGGGGGCGUCCCGGCCGCCGCUGCCGACUGAGGAGAGAGAACCGGGGGCCGUCACUUCGGAGUUAGGGCUGAGGCGUCCUUGGGGGAGAGCGCGCCAAGACCGCUGCAGCCGCUGGCCGAGUUAAGUCCAUUCACAGUAAUGGCCACGGCCUUACCCCGGACCCUGGGGGAGUUGCAGCUGUAUAGAAUAUUACAAAAAGCCAAUCUGCUUUCUUAUUUUGAUGCCUUCAUCCAACAAGGUGGCGAUGAUGUCCAGCAACUCUGUGAGGCUGGAGAAGAGGAAUUCUUGGAAAUUAUGGCACUGGUGGGCAUGGCUAGCAAGCCCCUUCAUGUUAGAAGGCUACAGAAAGCUUUGAGAGACUGGGUUACAAACCCUGGCCUUUUUAAUCAGCCACUGACAUCCCUUCCUGUCAGUAGCAUACCCAUCUAUAAAUUACCAGAGGGAUCACCAACGUGGCUGGGAAUAUCCUGUAGCAGUUAUGAAAGGAAUAGCAAUGCCCGGGAACCUCAUUUAAAAAUUCCCAAGUGUGCUGCCACCACUUGCGUGCAGAGCUUGGGACAGGGGAAAUCAGACGUGGUGGGGAGCUUAGCUCUGCAGAGUAUCAGUGAGUCCAGACUCUGGCAAGGCCACCAUGCCACUGAGAGUGAGCACAGCCUCUCCCCAGCUGACCUUGGCUCUCCUGCUUCCCCAAAAGAAAGUAGUGAGGCACUGGAUGCUGCUGCCGCACUCUCUGUAGCUGAGUGUGUGGAGCGAAUGGCCCCCACGCUGCCGAAAAGUGACUUGAAUGAAGUGAAAGAGCUGCUAAAAACGAAUAAGAAGUUGGCCAAAAUGAUCGGUCACAUCUUUGAGAUGAGUGAUGAUGAUCCACACAAAGAGGAGGAAAUUCGAAAAUACAGUGCAAUAUAUGGCAGAUUUGACUCAAAGAGAAAGGAUGGGAAACAUCUCACACUUCAUGAGCUCACUGUUAACGAAGCGGCAGCUCAGCUCUGUGUGAAGGAUAAUGCCCUGCUGACAAGAAGGGAUGAACUUUUUGCCCUAGCUAGGCAGAUUUCUCGAGAAGUCACCUAUAAGUAUACUUACAGAACCACCAAGUCAAAAUGUGGAGAAAGAGACGAAUUAUCACCAAAGAGAAUUAAAGUGGAGGAUGGAUUUCCAGAUUUCCAGGACUCUGUGCAAACACUCUUUCAGCAGGCUAAAGCUAAGAGUGAAGAACUCGCCGCUCUUGGUUCACAGCCUGAAAAGGUGAUGGCAAAGCAGAUGGAGUUCCUUUGCACCCAAGCUGGCUAUGACAGACUGCAGCAUGCUGAAAGAAGACUGUCUGCAGGACUUUACAGGCAGAGCUCAGAAGAGCACAGCCCUAAUGGCUUGACUUCUGAUAACUCUGAUGGACAAGGAGAAAGACCUUUGAAUCUCCGAAUGCCUAAUUUACAAAACAGACAACCCCAUCAUUUUGUAGUGGAUGGGGAGCUGAGUAGACAUUACUCCAGUGAGGCAAAGUCCCACUCAUCAGAGAGCCUUGGGAUUUUAAAAGACUACCCUCACUCAGCUUUUACUUUAGAAAAGAAAGUCAUCAAAACAGAACCUGAAGAUUCAAGAUAGCUGUAAUUUUCCCAUUGUUCUCUGGAAAUGGCAUCAGAUUUAAGGAUAAUACUCCAUCAUAGAAAUAAGCCUUAAUAACCAAUGUUGCCUCAUUCAGCACAAACAGAUUUCAUAGCCAAAGCAUAAGGACUGAUGUAGUAGUCUGUGGAAACCAGGAAGACAAAACUACAGCCACAAAGGAGAAAAUUGAGAGAAUGUUGCAAUUUGUAACAGAAAUAUUGAUUCAUUCACAUUCCUGUAUAAGUUGUUUUAAGUGGAAAGGCUUACAAAAUAUUAUUGUAAGCACUCAUUAUUUAAGAGUGUACAAUGCAUCUGUGUAAUUUAUAGAAGUAAAAUCUAGAUGUUGAGACUUGAUCGGGCCAAUAGGUGUGGAUACAGUUUAUUUUACUUGAAGUUUUAUUGUCUACUAUCUGUGUUUUGCGUAAAUAUAUAUUAUUGUAUGUCAGAGUUUAGCAUCUUUGCAGUCAUAAAAAAGAAAGUCUAAGCGAUGUAGUUAUUGGCAAGGUUGCAAUGACUUUGGAAAAAUGGAAAACAAAUAAUUCAAUUUAAGCCAAGGAAAAUAUUGUAGAUUGAAUAUCUGAUAAAACUGAUUUUAAGAUGAAAUAUGUCAUUUUUAAAAGUGAAAUAUUACUUUUACCGGUUUAAUCAGGCACAUAGUUAAUAAGUAUUGGAGUGAAGUAAAAGAAGAUGAGCAGUGGCGUACAAAACCUUUUACCUAGUUGACCCAGGUUGCAUUAUAUGAUAGCUACUUAAGGUGUAACAGAAAAAGGAAGCUGUUACUUGGAGAGAGAACUUGAAACAAGUAGACUGAUAUGUAAAAGCCUUGACUUAAAACAUUGCUAUUUCAAGUGUGUUAUAUAGAUUAAGACAUAGUAAGUUAACCCUAAAUGUGAUAAGGAUGGUGACUGUUAACAAAGGCUGUAAGAGUAAGUACUGGUUUAUAUCCAGAAAUUAUCCUCUGUGUAUCAGAGUCAGAGAAACUAGAUAGCCCUCCCCUGGGGAUGUCUUUCCACCAAACCAUCACAAGUGUGGACAGUCAUUGCAUCCACAUUUGCAGGCAUGUUUCUAUGGAGGUUUAAUCGAUACCGAUACUCAUUAUUUAUUUUAGUUUCAUUUUUGUACACAUUUCAGAUUUGCGAAUGCAGUUUUUUUUCCUAAAAUUCAUUUUAACUUGAAAAUAUUUUAAUUCUCCCUAUUUAAUUAAUGCAUAUAUAUGAGGUGUGCUUAAAUGUUAAUUACAUAAUUGCAUACUUAUCAGAUUUCACAUUGGAAUCUAUAGUGAAAAAACAAAUACUACUUUUACCAAUUUACAGUUUUUUCUGUUGGUUUAAGAGAAGAUGUUUGACAGCUUUGCCUACUUCCUCCAAGUUCAUCUAAACCCACAUGUUGCUAAGAAGAGGGUAUUGACUUGGAAUAUGUGUUUUUUUGUAUAACUGUGUAAAAAAUAUUAAGUUAUCUGUUAUACUGAAAUUCAUCAGCAAAAUGUUAGAUAAAAUGUCUGCACUGUAAUCUCUGAUCACUGUCACAUAUAUAAUUGCUUUUUCAUUUUGAUUUGUAGAAUAGCUUUACAGUGGAAACACCAGUAAACAACUUUUAUACUAUUAAAAGGCUUUUUUCCCUUCCUAAAUGUUUUAAUUGUACCAGUGUUUUGCCCACUGAAGAAGCUUUUUAUGGACCUUGCAACUUUGUUGCUAGCUUGAGGUUGAAUAUUGUGGUUGUACUGUUCAUUGUGUGUAGAAAUAGUAUGAGUACGAUUUACAUAGAUUGUUCAGUUUUUAAUAUUAGCCAUAGAACUGGUUAGUAUCUCAGUAGUUUCAUGAAACGUUUCCUGUAUUCUAAUCUAUUUUGAGAAAUUUUGUGGGUUUUUUUAAAAUUGUGUCAUAUGGUUCAAGUUUGUAGAUUUUAAUAAGCAACAGUUUUUAAAGAUGUGGUAAUCUUCCAACUAAUAAUUUACCUGUCUGUCAUGACCCCACGAACUGCAUCUUUAAAUCCAUAAAUAAGUUUCCUUAAGUAUCGUACUUUUCUGUUCUUUCAUGAUUAGUGAUAAGGGGAAGCACAAGAAAAAUUUCAGUAGAAUACAGUUUUUAUUUUGUAAACACUAAUGUAUUAAACUUGCUAUACCUUGAAGCAAAUAAUAUAUAUUUUUAUUUGAAUUGUAUAUAUGAAUUGGAUGUUAUAACUAGUUGAUUUUUUUUCAUUGUGUUAGAAGUAUUUUCACUAAACCAGGUCAAUUGGUUACCUCAGUAUUACAACCAAUUAUAGUCCAAGGGACCAUUUUCCCCCAAGUCUCUGUUGUACUUUAUUAUGUGAAGUCUGCGUUUCUGUGACUCUUAAAGCUGUUGGUGAGGUGGGACGAGUGCACUUGCUUCCUGUGGCAAUAAAGACUUUCUGUGCCUCACACAUCUAUGUUUAUAGAACUUUCUGCAUAGCAGUCUUCACAGUAGUGUUAGCCUAUUGUCUCCCCCUUCAUUAUAUGGUCUGGGCUUGAGUGUUAGAGACCAGGGACUUACGUCUUAAGUCAAAUCUAAAUAUUAUCACAUACCUUCAUCUCUGUAAAGUUAUUUGGCAGACAGGUACUCAAGUUGACUCUGAGAGAAUUUGGUUUAUAUUGUUCUCGUUUAUGAUAAGUUUACAAAGACAUUUAUUUUCUUUUAGGGCUAAACCUAAAGUUUGGAAGUUCCCAGGCUAGGGGUUGAAUCUGAGCUUCAUCUUCCAGCCUAUGUCACAGCCACAGCCACACUGGAUCCUUAACCCAGUAAAUGAGGCCAGGGAUCGAACCUAUAUCCUCAUGAAUACUAAUCAAAUUCUUAACCCGCGAAGUCACAAUGGGAACUCCUACAAAGACAUUUUAAAACCACUCACCAUAUCUAACCAACUAAAUAAAUAAAAGGAAGAACAUUAGGAUUUAACAUUUACAAUGUACUAAUAUAUGCAAAAGGUUAAUGUGAUUAACAUAAAAGCCUCAUUAUUAAGGGCUAAUUAUAUGAAAUUGAACUAACUUGUGGAGAGUUAGCAAAAACUUUCAAGAAGCUGUAACUAUUGAGUUUGGCAGAUUAAUGAGCUUCAGUGUGUUCAGUGCUGGGCCAGGUGCUGGGAUAAAGGUAGAGGCCAAACAUGAUCCUUGCCCUUUGGGAACCCAGCACCUAGUUGAAUGGGAAAUAAUACCACUCGAAAGUAGAAAUUUCAGUGUGUUAACAGACUUGGGAUGAAUAAGAAGCUAAUAUUUAAGUGCAUUCUGUGUUGAGCAGGCAUCAUGGUAGUAGAUAUGUUACAGGUGAAAGAAAAAAAAAGCAUAUUUACUCAGUGAGACUCAAGAGAUCAGCCAGGACUAGAAUACUUAACAGAAAGAGGUGGGAUGUGCUUUUACUUUGAGGUCACUUUUAAAAAAAUUAUUAAGCUGAGUGCUUCCAAGUAAUGCUUGAUAAUCAUUCUUUUGACAGUCCCAAUGAAUCUGUCAACAGGUAUGGGAAAAAAAUUGCUUUUUCCUGACCUUAAAGCCACUUGGAGAAAAGCUCUUAUUUAGAAUUUGUUCAUUAUGAGCACCUAGUGUACCUUUACAUUUAUGGUACUUAAGAUUGAAACCUAAAUAAGCAUUCAAGGAAUUUCCUAACAUAUGAUCUGCUCGGCUACUCAAAUGUUUAAGUAUUACUGACACAAUACUCAUUUGGCUUGUGACUUAAUACUGCCUUAGGUCUUUAAAAGAAAGUCAGCCAAGGCAUUAACCUCAUAAAACUAGAAGGUCUAGCUCUUGUAGGAGAUGAAUUCCGUUAGUAAAUAGCUAAAGUUAGAACUGAGCAAACAUUUUGUGUUUAUAACAACUUGAAGCAAAUAUGGUGGCUGCUAUUUAACUAAAAUCACUUUAUUGUCCAGCUGUGUGCAUGGGUGGUGUUUCAGGGAAUCUGGCUUAUUUGUUAUUACCUGUGAAUGUUCUCAUAAAUGAGAUUCUCAAGUGGGAUCUAAAGUUAAUAAAAGAAUGACCCAA